CUUCAUUUUGCAUCACUCGGAGGUCAUCUUGAUGUAGUUCAGUACCUCGUUAGUCAAGGAGCACAGGUAGAGAGGGGUAAUAAUAAUGGUUCAACACCACUUCAUUUUGCAUCACUUGGAGGUCAUCUUGAUGUAGUACAGUACCUCGUUAGUCAAGGAGCACAGGUAGAGAGGGGUGAUAAAAAUGGUUUGAAACCACUUCAAGAUGCAUCACACGAAGGUCAUCUUGAUGUAGUUGAGUAUCUCGUUAGUCAAGGAGCACAGGUAGAGAGGGGUAAUAAUAAUGGUUCGACACCACUUCAUGUUGCAUCACAAGGAGGUCAUCUUGAUGUAGUUCAGUAUCUCGUUAGUCAAGGAGCACAGGUAGAGAGGGGUAAUAAUGAUGGUUCGACACCACUUCAUUUUGCAUCAAAAGGAGGUCAUCUUGACAUAGUUCAGUACCUCGUUAGUCGAGGAGCACAGGUAGAGAGGGGUAAUAAUAAAGGUUCGACACCACUUCAUGAUGCAUCACACAAAGGUCAUAUUGAUUUAGUUCAGUAUCUCGUUAGUCAAGGAGCACAGGUAGAGAGGGGUAAUAAUAAUGGUUCAACACCACUUCAUUUUGCCUCACUUGGAGGUCAUCUUGAUGUAGUUCAGUACCUCGUUAGUCAAGGAGCACAGGUAGAGAGGGGUAAUAAUGAUGGUUCGACACCUUCUCAUUUCGCAUCACAAGGAGGUCAUCUUGAUGUAGUUCAGUAUCUCGUUAGUCAAGGAGCACAGGAAGGGAGGGGUAAUAAUGAUGGUUCGACAUCUUCUCAUUUCGCAUCACAAGGAGGUCAUCUUGAUGUAGUUCAGUAUCUCGUUAGUCAAGGAGCACAGGUAGAGAGGGGUAAUAAUGAUGGUUCGACACCACUUCAUUUUGCAUCAAAAGGAGGUCAUCUUGACAUAGUUCAGUACCUCGUUAGUCGAGGAGCACAGGUAGAGAGGGAGAGGGGUAAUAAUAAAGGUUCGACACCCCUUCAAGAUGCAUCACACGAAGGUCAUCUUGAUGUAGUUGAGUAUCUCGUUAGUCAAGGAGCACAGGUAGAGAGGGGUAAUAAUAAUGGUUCGACACCACUUCAUGUUGCAUCACAAGGAGGUCAUCUUGAUGUAGUUGAGUAUCUCGUUAGUAAAGGGGCACAGGUAACGAGGGGUAAUAAUAAUGGUACGACACCACUUCUUGAUGUAGUACAGUACCUCGUUAGUCAAGGAGCACAGGUAGAGAGGGGUGAUAAAAAUGGUUUGAAACCACUUCAAGAUGCAUCACACGAAGGUCAUCUUGAUGUAGUUGAGUAUCUCGUUAGUCAAGGAGCACAGGUAGAGAGGGGUAAUAAUAAUGGUUCGACACCACUUCAUGUUGCAUCACAAGGAGGUCAUCUUGAUGUAGUUCAGUAUCUCGUUAGUCAAGGAGCACAGGUAGAGAGGGGUAAUAAUGAUGGUUCGACACCACUUCAUUUUGCAUCACAAGGAGGUCAUCUUGACAUAGUUCAGUACCUCGUUAGUCGAGGAGCACAGGUAGAGAGGGUCAAGGAGCACAGGAAGGGAGGGGUAAUAAUGAUGGUUCGACAUCUUCUCAUUUCGCAUCACAAGGAGGUCAUCUUGAUGUAG